AGUGUGUGUGUGAGCUAUACAUACCGUACAGUAUAUACAGUAGUAGACUGUAUACAGUGUAUAGAGUGGGAGCAGUAGUCAAAUGACUGUAUAGUUGUUGUGAUGUUUUAGUGUUGAGAAGAGUGAAGCACUCGUCAGUCAAUUGAUUGACGAUUACCACUGAUUAUCGGUUUUGAUGACAAACAAUAUGCCGAUAUGUAUGUCCAUUGAGACACACUUUAACCAUACGAUAACCAUCUGUUUGUUAGUGAUAAUGCAAUCAAUAUAUUUGGUGUCAUUGAUGAUGUGAUUAUUACCAGUUAUGGUCUACUAUUUAGUUGAGUUGUGUCUCAUAUUAUUGUCGGUCAUCACAACUGUUUCAUCACAAUCACUGACCGCCACUAAUGGCACUAAUGAGACAAAUGCACUGGAAUUGACAGUUAACUCACAAUUAUUGUCAAAUUGUAGUAAAUUAGAGCUUAUAUGCAAAAUCAAUGACAACUCUAAUGAAACUGUCAAUAUUUGGUGGACUUUUCGUAAUCAAAAUAUUAGUCAAACACCGGACAUAAUCGAGAGCUAUAGUCACAGCACGAGUGCCACCAAUCACUCAAAGCUGACCAUUGAAUGUGCCGUUCAGUUAGUUCACGACGGCAUUUAUGUCUGCAAUGGACAGCAAAUUAAUGGAUCCAAACAAAUCACUCGUAAAGAAACAAAUGUUACCAUCUUUACACCGCUUCAAUUGACAACAAUACCAGACAAUGGAGUGUUUGAACAGAACUUUGAUUCAAAAGCUAAAUUGAUUUGCAAAGUAAAGGCAUUUCCAAAGGCAACCAUUAAGUGGUAUAAAUGGCUGACCAAUGAGUCCAUUGAAGUUGAAAGCGACGGAAGGCUUCUUAUUGAUGACAUCAUCAAUGAUGAGACUUCACAACAGAGUAUACUCAGCAUUGAAUCUCUUAAGCGAUCAGAUAACGGGUCAUAUAUGUGUAGAGCUGACAAUCACUAUAAUAACAGUGAAUCUCAGAUUGAUUUGAUUGUCUUUGAAACGCCUGACAUUGAAUUUGAUCGAAUUGAGUCUUUGAAUCCCCGUUCAGCUGCCGUCCACUGGAAGGUCAUAUAUGACGGCAAUCUUGUAGUCGAUAGGAUUGAAUUACAUAUAAAAAACUACAGUAUUGUCGAUUCGGAUUGGAUUAUCAAAGAGGAAAAUAUUGGGACCAAUGAUUCACAAUCAUUCAUUGUAACAGACCUGACACCCGGUGCCACAUAUGGUUUCCGUUUGGCGGCAAUUAAUUCAAUGGGUCGAUCGGACUGGAAAUCAAUGAACAUAACGAUGCAAUCAGAUGUGCCCUCAAAGAUCACUGAAGUUCAUGUCUUUUCUAAAACUAACGAAACUCUAUUGAUUGGAUGGAAACGGCCGACGCAUGACAACGGCGCCCAGAUUUCACAUUAUGCCAUGAUUUUACGCGACUCAUUAGGAAGUGUUAUAUCUAACCAAACUCUUAAUGUUAGUUCAGGUACUUUCCAAAACCGAAGUAAUUAUAUGACAUUUAUGCCAAACUUAAUUUCGGGAUCUCAUUAUGAGUUUGAAGUAAAGGCCUGUUCUAUAAUCGGUUGUAGUGAAUGGUCAGAUAUUUUAGAUGCCGUCACUUUAGAUGGAUCAUCAGAUCCUCCACGAAAUGUCAAACUUAAUUGUUAUUACGAUAGCCAAAGAUUAACUAACAACGCGACUGUUGUUUGGGAUUUACCGGACAAUAUCAGAGGGACUGUCAUUGGAUAUAAUGUGACAUUUGAAGCAUUUUCGACGUAUAGAAAUGCAAACAACCAGAAAGUGAUCGAUCAAUUCAAAGAAGCUUUUGAAGUGUCAGUCAAUCAAACAGAAUUGCAUUUAGUUAUAAAACCCAAUACAAACUAUACGGUUAGGGUUUGCGUAAUCAACCGAUCGGGUUGUGGCCACUUAUCGCAUAUAUCAAGUUCAACGAUGUGUACCUCAUUGGUCAGCACUCCCAUACAAAUGCCAUCAAACAUUAAGUUAGAAAAAGUUAAAAUUGAUGACAAUUCAGGUAUAUCUAGUCGUCUUUUACAACUACAUAUACCCCGAGUGUCUGAGAGAAACGGACCCAUACUUUGCUAUAAAGUAGUAAUAAUUCGUUUACCAAAUCAUUUCAAUGCUACCCAUAUAUUACCUGUCACUCCCGUUAAACUCAAUAUAACAACAUAUAGUCAGGUGCAUAGUAACACCCACUCGUCAUUAUAUGAAGAUAUGUAUUCAAUAGGUGCUUAUAUUGCAGAAGAGUUUAAUUCAGAUAAUUUGGUCAACAAUAUAGUGAUUGGCGACGGAAACUCUAAUCACUGUACUAUGGAUUACGAAACUCGUUCUCCGCGACGAUUAACUACAGACACCACUGCUGCUAAUGAGUCGACUCUUGAGAUGUCAUUAAAUAACAUAUUUGACGGAACGUUAUUUCCAAACACCAAUUAUACCGGUUUUAUUGAGCUCACAGUUUUGGGACCAAAUAAUACUUUAUUGACUAAACAAACUAAUUAUUUUGAGCCAAUUGAGACCUCAUCUCUUAGUUUGAUUUCUUCAAAUAUUGACAAAUCUUAUUCAUUAUUUUCAUUGUCCGACACAACACACGGAAUACUUUUCGGAAUUAUUUGCGGUUUAUUUUUGGUUUUAGUAUUGCUUUCGUCUGUAUUGUGUUUUAUUCAGAGAAAAGCAAGUGAGACAUCCGCUUCUGAAGACGAGAGGAUGGGAUUAACAGCACUUAUUAGGAGAACAGUUAAUAAGCAUAAGAACGGAAACAUUUCUAAUAAUAUUAAUUUAAAUUCAAUUCACAAAUGGGUUUCCACUCCUAUUCCUAUUCAUAGUCUUCCUGUGAUAUUUCAAGAGAAACAUCAAAACAGCGAUUUCUUAUUCCAAGCGGAAUUUGAAGCACUUCCUGAAAAAUUUUCCGACCGAACCACUACAGCAAGCGAUGCACCCGAAAAUUUGUCCAAAAAUAGAUAUCCAGAUAUUAAAAGUUACGAUCAAACUCGUGUCCAAUUGACAGCAAUCGAUGGUGUUAUCGGAUCUGAUUAUAUAAAUGCAGAUUAUGUUGAGGGCUAUAAAAGGCGUAAAAUGUUUAUUUGUGCUCAGGGACCUAUUCAGAAAACUGUUAACGACUUUUGGAGACUUGUUUAUGAACAGAAAUGCCGGAUUAUAGUGAUGUUGACCGGCAUUGAAGAACAGGGAAGAAUAAAAUGCGUACAAUAUUGGAGUGAAGAACAGCCAAAAUUAAUAUCAAAUCUAUUUAAAGUUAGUCUGAAGAAUGUUCACAAAUAUUCCGAUUAUAUUAUCCGUCGUUUUAAUCUCGAGAGAGUCGAUGGCACCGAAAAUCAUGAGAUAUUACACUUUCAUUUUGUUAUGUGGCGCGACUUCUUGGCACCCGAACAGCCCUCUUGGCUCUUAAGGUUUAUCAAAAGGGUUAAUGAAUACUAUUGUCCAGAUAUGGGUCCCAUAUUAGUUCACUGUUCUGCAGGUGUCGGUAGAACCGGUACUUUCAUAGCAAUAGACUCAUUAAUAUCGCAAAUUAACGAAAAUUCUUCCGUUAUAAACAUCUUUGAGUGCGUAUCACAAUUGAGACAUCAAAGAAAUCAUUUGGUUCAGUCAGUUAAACAAUACAUUUUUGUUUAUCGGGCUGUCAUGGAAUACAUUGAGUUUGGCGACACAGAAGUUGAGGUCAGUCAUCUAAGAGAUCAUUAUAGACAACUUAAAGACAAAUUUGAUGGCAAUGUUAAUGGAUUGGUUGCAGAAUUCGAGAAAUUAAAUGAUGUGAUUGAAGAUCCCAAGUCAUGUGUAGUCGGAAUGAUGGAUAUAAACAAAAAUAAAAAUAGAUAUGAUUUCAUCAUUCCUUAUGACAUUAAUCGAGUCAUUUUGACGCCUUUGCCAUCAAAGGAUAACUCCUAUUAUAUAAACGCAUCAUUUAUUCGAGGAUACGAUCACACACUGUCUUUCAUUGUAACUCAAGACCCAAUGGAGCACACAGUCAAUGAAUUUUGGUGGACAAUAGCUGAACAAAAUGUGUCGACUCUUGUAAUGUUAGGAGAGUUGGGCGACGGACAGAGCAAAUGUCAUUGUUAUUGGCCUACAGAAGAGUUCGACUGCGAGUUCGUCAAAGUCAAGUUCUUGGCCGAAGAAGUGACACAAUUCUACAUAAAAAGGAUAUUUGAAGUGACACACAAAAAGACCAAUGAUUGUCAGCGAGUGAUUCAAUUUCAAUUUCUUUGGUGGAAAAGUGGUGUCGUUGUUCCCGAUUCUACCGCUUCUCUCAUUGAGUUAGUCGAUGCCUCGUUAGCCACAAACACCAAUUGUUUGUCACCUAUUGUUAUCCACUGUAGUGGUGGCGGUGAUCGUUCUUCAGUAUUUGUAGCGUUUGCCUCAUUAAUACAACAAAUCAAAUGCGAAGAAAGAGUCGAUAUUUUUCAAACUGUGCGAUACAUACGCUCUCAACGGCAGUGUAUGAUUCAAACUAUAGCUCAGUUUGAUUUCCUUUUUAGAAGUUUAAUCGAUUACAUUGAAACUCAUAAAUUAUGUGAUUCAGGAGACACACAAUUAUAGUUUGAUAUUUUUAAGCAUAACUUUUCAUUAAAUUUUAUUACAAUCGUAGCUAUGAUUGAACAAAUCGCUCAACUUUUUAAUACAAAUUUUAGUAAAUUUUAAUAAAAGAUUGAAUAAACCCAAUGACACUUUCGAUACACUGUUUAUUUAAUUAUUAAUUAUUUUUUUUAUAUUAUGAUGAGUAGAU